UUAUGUGCAUUUGAAUUUGGGAGGGGGUGAGGUGGAGGAGAAAGAGGAGGAGGAGGGCAGUCUGUCGGCUGCAGGAUUCCAUCACUCUUGGCAACCGUUGUUGGGUUACCACGGAAACGCACUGCAAUGUUCUCUGCUUCUCUUUUGUCCUCCUCCACCACUCCUCUCUCUCUCUCUCUCUCUCUCUCUCUCUCUCACUCACUCUAUCCCAUCUUUAUUGCUGGUCGGCUUCCUCCUUGCGUUGCUACGGCGAUGCUCUGGGACAUUCAGUGGGAUCAUUUUGUCACUGCAGUGUCGGUGCACAGAGCUGACACUGCGCUCCGAGAGCUCUGUGAGACGUGUUUUGUUGUUUUUGCUCUCCCUGUUUUGUCUCCUCCCGAAUUUUCGUGACCUUUAACCCCUCCACUUCCCUUACCAAUCAGUCUGAAAUCAGCGUUUUGGACUGGCCGGGCUCGUCAGGUGACAUCACAGAAAGUUGGAUGAAGUUUUGCUGAACUGAAGGCUGCGAUCAGUGUUGAUGUUUUCACGACUCUGUCGGACUGAGAGACGUCCGGACACUUCACAGAGACUGAACUCUGCUCGGUGAGCUUUGCCACAAACCGAGAUGAAUGAGGACACGGAGGAGGCGCAGCUGCCUGAGAAGUUGCUGGAGGCUAAGGAGCAGGAGUUGCAGCAACAGGAGGGAGAACUUGAUAUGGAAGAAGAAAUGAAGGACCAGGAGGGAGAGGUAGAGAAGGAGCCACAGGAGGUCCAUCCGCUGGAGGAAGACCUGGAGGAAGAGAAAGUGCAGCAACAGGAUGGAGAUACUGAGGAGGUGUAUGGGCAGGAGGGAGAGCUAGAACAAGAGGAGGUUGCGGCGCAUGAGUGGAUGAUGCAAGAGAAGGUGGAGGAGGUUCUGAAGCAGCAGGAGGACUGGCUGUUUGAGCAGAUGCUAAACCCAGAAGGGGAACAGGAGCAGGAAGAGGAGCAGGUACAGGCAGAGGAGCGGGAGAAGGAGGAGGAGGAGGUAGAGAUCGAAGAGGUCCAGGAAAUUGAGCUACAGGACUUUGAAAAGGAGGAGGAGGAGGAGGAGGAAGAGACUGAGGAGAUGCAACAAGAAAAGGAGGUGCAGCAAAGUGAGUUGUUACAACAAGAGGAGGAGGAGGUAAAGCAGAGUGAGGAGCUGCAGCAACAGCAGCAACCUCGAGAGCAGGAGGAGGAGGAGGAGGAGCAGGAGGAGGUGCAGUGUGAGGAGAUGUCACGGACUGAGGAAGAGCAGAAGGAGCAACAGCAGUCUGAGGAGGCGCAGGACUUUGGGGACGCUCUGGAGCAGAAUCACAACAACCAGGUCCUGAUCCGGCUCAGAGGAAUGCAGAAAUAUAAAAGUACAUCGCAAAGGCUGAAGGCGGUCCUGGAGCAGAUGGACCGUGGUGUGGUGGACCUGCAGGAGCUCCGGAGGCACUUGGAGCUUGCAGCUGCCAUGCUGGAUGCUGUUUACACCGAUGAGACCAGGCGCCUGCUGGACACUGAGGAUGAGCUCAGUGACUUGCAGGCGGAGUCGGUGCCAAGCGAGGUGCGUGACUGGCUGGCGUGCACCUUCAGCAGGAAGAUGGGUGUGGCCAAGCGUCGCCCUGAAGAGAAGCCAAGAUUCAGGAGCAUUGUUCAUGCAGUACAGGCUGGGAUAUUUGUAGAGAGGAUGUACAGACGGACGUCCAACAUGGCUGGUCUGACCUAUCCUCCCACAGCUUUGACAGCUCUGAAGGAGGUGGAUCAGUGGUCCUUUGAUGUCUUUGCCUUCCACGAGGCCACAGGAGAGCACGCCCUCAAGUUCCUAGUCUACGACCUUCUGACCCGCUAUGACCUCAUCAACAGGUUCAGGAUUCCUGUGCAGGCUCUGGUGCAGUUUGUUGAAGCGCUUGAGAACGGUUACAGCAAACACAGGAACCCCUACCACAACCUCAUCCAUGCUGCUGAUGUCACUCAGACAGCCCACUUUCUGAUGCUACACACUGGACUGAUGCACUGGCUGAGCGAGUUGGAAAUUCUUGCAAUGGUUUUUGCCGCAGCAGUUCACGACUUUGAACACACAGGAACCACCAACAACUUCCACAUCCACACCAGGUCGGAAGUGGCCAUUCUGUACAAUGACAGGUCAGUGCUGGAGAACUAUCAUGUCAGCGCUGCCUACAGGCUGAUGGCAGAAGAAGACAUGAAUAUCCUGGUCAACCUGAACAAAGAUGACUGGAGGGAGCUGAGGUCUCUGGUGAUAGAGAUGGUGAUGUCAACAGACAUGUCCUGUCAUUUCCAGCAGAUCAAGACCAUGAGGAAUGCCCUAACACAGACACACAGUAUAGACAAAGUGAAGGUUUUGUCUCUGAUGCUUCAUGCUGCAGACAUCAGCCAUCCAGCCAAAGCAUGGCCACUGCACUACCGCUGGACCCACAGUCUGAUGGAGGAAUUUUUUAGACAGGGAGAUAAAGAGGUUGAACUUGGGCUCCCGUUUUCUCCUCUCUGUGACCGUAAAGCUACCAUGAUUGCCCAGUCUCAGAUAGGUUUCAUAGACUUCAUUGUGGAGCCAACCUUCAGUGUACUGAUUGACACGACAGAGAAGGUGAUUGGUCCUCUAAUAGAAGAGGACAGGAAGGCCAGAGAGACUGGAAACAGGAGAUCCAGUCUAACAGGAAGUGGUUCAGUUACCGUGGAGUCAGUGCAGAGACACAGUAGUGUUCGCCAUGGGAACAGUGAUGACGGACAGAUGGACUUUUCCCUGACAGCCAUUGAUCUGCCGGCACUGAAGCUGCACCUCUCUGGUGUCAUUACCAGCAACAAGGACAGAUGGAAAGAACUAUCUGUGCACGAGCUGGCCAGCAAGGCGCAAGAAGAAAAAGAAAGUGUGGACCUCCAAUCACAAGCCUCAACCAGCCACCGUAACCCUGCCGAUCAGCCACAGAACUCUGACUGCUCACCUCCUGGUGAAUCUCAUGACAAGUCACCAGACCAAAUGUUGAAUGGGGAGGCCCCAGAGGAGGAGAAAGAGGAUGAUGAAGUGCCUGAAAAUGCCUGACUGCCCUCUGCCAAACGUACCACUGUAUUUGACUGUGGCAGACGACCCUGGCAACAGGGCGUUGCCGUGCAGAGUUCACACUCUCUGUUUAAACACAGCAGCUGACUAAGUGGUCCUUCAGUGACUUUGAAAAGGGCCACUAGACCUUUUGUUUUUUUUACAACUGACCAUGAAAAUAUCACAUUCAGAGUGAAAAGAUUCAUUAGAUAACAGCUUCUUAGCAGCUUCAUGGCCCAUUAACCGUGGUGAAAAUGUUUUGUGAUUUUAUUAGAGAUUCAGAGGAAUGCUGUCUGUGAAAUAGAUGUCAUCAUUUAAAUAAAAACAGAGGCAGGCAGGUAGGUCAAAACCAAAGAGUGUGGAGCGGCUGAAAAACCCUAUUCAGGGAGAUGGGAGACUGAAUGUCUGUUAUUAGGAAUAAUAAUUAACUGAGCUGUUAAGAAGCAGUUGUCAAGGUUUUGUUAAUGCAGCUGAGCACAACAACAGGUGUGAUGUUUUAAACUUAUAAUAUGAGUGUGAAAAGUGAUUGCUGCUCUGUUCUUUGUUCCUGCUCCUUUUUAUCUCACACUUCUACCCAUGAUGUCAAACAAAAACAUGUUGGAUGAUGUUACAGCAGUUGUUUAUCGUACCGCCUAAGUAGCAAGCUAAAUGGGGCCGAUUGCAUAUUGGCAUAAUUAACUAUGCUGAGAUUAUUAAUACCAUACAGAAUUAUUUCUUCUGGCCUGCAGGACUUAGGCUAUUUUUGGGGGCUAAACAGUCACGAUGCUUUUGAAAUGCACAGUAUAAAAAUGUAUUAUCAAAUUUCAGUUAUUUAUGUUUUGCCAAAAUCAGUUUGGUUAUAAAAAUCAUACAAUGAGCUUAAUUAGCUUAGUGGUAAAUGUAGCUAAGCAAAAAACCAUACAGCCAUUGUGUAGAAGGACAGAGUCUGGAUGUUAUUCACAGCUUGUUUACACCAUUAGUGGUGUCUUAUUUGAGUCAAAAGCAUUUCAUUGAAACUGAAUCACUCUUUCAAUUCAUUUUCUUAUCAAAUCUCAAUUACAACUUGAAGAAAUAUUAUGAUAUAAUAUUCAUUAACCCCGCCCUGACUAUUUCUGCUGGUCUAACAUGCCUCCUCAAAGUAAUAAAUAUUAAAUUAAAUUUUGUAUUAUAUGCAUAACUAAUGUUUGCGUGCACAAUGUAGUGAACAUUACCUGGAGGUGACCUAGUUGCUGCUCUGCUGCAGUUCACAGAUGUCACAGAUCACAGAAUAUGAUUUGACAGCUGUCAUGAGCUGCUGCUCAAAACUCGAAUAAUCUAAAAUAUCACAUGUUCUUGCUUCCACAUUUUACAGUAUACAUUUCAACAAAUUCUAGUUUAACAUUAAACAAUAUGCUAUUAAUACACUACAUGGAAACAGCAUGUAAUUUAUUAUUUCUUUUCCACUUUUGACAUUAAGCUGAUAUUGAAUUUGCUUAUUUAAUUAGUAUCUUUUUAAAUGUUUACUGGUUAGGUAGAAGGUGAAGGGGGGAGCUGUACUUAAGAAAGCUAAUAGAAAGAAUUAGCUCCAAGGUGAGAGGCUUGGUAACUAAAGAUUAACAAAGAUUUAAUAAGGGAUUUGCUGGCUGCUAAGCCUAACCAAGUAUUCUGCAAUCUCCAAAAAAGACAUCAGAGCUCAUCUGUAGGAUCAAAUCAGAGUCAGUUCUGUGUUAGAACUGAUUGUAAUAAAUCUGAGCCCUGACUGAAGAGUCUGUUUCACUUGAAAAAUGUGUACAUGCGGAAGCCAAAAAGCUAUGACUGCCAUUCAGCUGGCUUUUCCUUUUCCAUGGCUAAUAGCAGUAAAAAAACAAAACAAAACAAAAAAACACACACAAUUUGUUUGAACGCACAGAGAGCAGAGCAGCAGCAGUGAAUUGAUGUGAAUUUCUUUACAUGUUUACAUGUGACCUUUUUUUUAAAAACAUGGGCCAUCUUAUCGUAUUCUGGGCCAAUGUACCCAUAGGAUAGCAUUACACUGUAUUCUCCAUCAUUGUAGAGAUUGUGGAGAUUAGCACUAUGAUGGAAAAUGAUGACGAACACUGAGUCCAAGGAAGUGUGAUCAUGAGUAAAUAAAUAAGAUUUACCUUUAAAUCGACAGCCCAGAGUUCAGGCAGCUCUUGUUGUUCCUGUGCUCGGCCACUGUCACUCCUCUUGGCUGUGAAUAAAGAAAAGUGCCAUAGAAUCAACACGGUGACAAGAGAAACACCAGUUUCUAUAGCAAUGAGUCAAAGGCCGGAGCCAAAAUGGCUGAAAGUCAAAGCUCUUUAGAUUCUGUGAGCACUGUGUUUGUUAAUGCAAUGUGUGCUAUAGUUAUUGUGUGCUCUUUGACUCUGUGUGUGGGUGAGAUUUUGAGUGUGAGUUUGUGUGAGAGAAAGUGUGAGAGUGUGCACUGUAUACUGUACAGUUGUUUUCUGUAUUAUUGUAUUAAACAUUCACAAAUCUG